GAUUGGCGUUGAUACAACCAUCGAGGAACGAAAUUCUCUUGUCGAUUGCAUCGAUCCACCUCGUGAUUUGAUCACAUCUGCAUACAUGGAGGAGAUAGUCAGGAGAAAUGAAGCGAAAAAUAGUAAUUGAGGCAGCAAUUGCAGGAAGGAGAAGAUGCCGCAAGCUGGCCAACGAACUCCACGCCGUGUUGCCUAGAGAGCUCCGAAACAUGAUCUACACUUACAUCGUGGGACCGUCAGCCCAGCUUGAGUACGCUUUUGACAUCCAUGGCAUCAUUCAAAUUGGCUUCUUCGAGCCUGGGCAAUCCGAAGAUCUCGAAAGUUUAUCCAUGUUUGGCGAAAGUUGUCAAAUUCAACCCAGAUCCUGGGCUAUGGACCCAGCAUACUUUGGAACCGAUGUAGUAAAAGAGCUAGCGGAAGCUUACUAUGCUUUGAAUCGUUUUGCACUUACCUCGGAGGAGUUCUUAUAUCCAUUUCUGACCUUCGACCCGUUGGCCCUAGGUAUAAAGCCCUACGAGCAUAUCCGGCGCCUUGACCUUACGCUCGAUUUCGAGGAUCCCCGUGACGUAAACUUUGCCAGUGUCGCAACUCACCUACAAGCUCUACAACUCAUCCCUGAAAAGCGGCGCAAGAUGGACAUACACGUCAAUCUCACCACGUCUUUUACACCAUAUCACAACACCAAAUUCUGGUAUUCAGUUGGAGCCGAGCGCAUCAUGCUCAAUAUCCUCGAGUUACUCAGAUGGCCCGUAUACGAGUUACUGCACAAGGGACAUGCGAUCCAGGUUCUCCAUGAAAACUUGGAUGGACGGGACAGGACAAGUUUGCAAAUCCCACAGAGGAAUCUAACAAGUUAUUGCUCUUCAAAUUCAAAGAUGUCUCACAAGGCUGAUUUCUUCUACAUGACCAAGGAGGAGUGGCUCAAGGAAAAGGGAGGAGAUACCGUCGCGGAUCCCGCAUCCCACUAUAUCCUUGCACUGCCUACAGCCGCAAACGAAGCAAAUAACGCGGAUGAAGUAGUAGAAGACCACUUACUCGAAAAACGAGUUCGCAAAGCUCUGAAAAGGCGUUGGGAUAAGGAUAGUGCCCUCAACGGAUUCAGUUACGGGUAUGAGAAUUAGGCGUGACUGCCUGCUAUCAUGUCAACAAUACAUGUGCUAUGCGAACAAACAUUCUGGUUCACCCACAAAGUAGAGACAAUCAAGACGCAGUAACGCAAAAGUCAAGUUGAUCAUCACAAGCAAACAAUUAGAUUAGUUACGAACAUUAUGCGCAAAGCAUCGCUCAGACCAAAUCCACACUACUACUAGCCAGCACGAAGACUGACCAAAGCCGCCGUCU